GGGCCUGACUGUCCCUUGGUGCUCCGGAAACGUACUGCUGCUUAUUUUUCGAGUCCUUCCUCGUAUCCAUCUUUCCAUUCCCAGUCUGUCUCCCUGGCUGAAGUUGCUGUUGGCUUCAUCAAAACGAUGCAGAGACACGCCACGCUCAAUGCGCCUCCAAGGGCCGAGCCUUCUCCCACCCCAAGGCGGGGUUCUGACUUCUCGUACCACAGGCUGUGGAGGCUGCGCGACGAGCCACUAAGGCAGAGCAGACAUAACGCUGCAGCUGAAUUAGCUCCAUGGACCGGGCGGGACCUCGAUAUCAUAAUCGCCCCCCUGGAGCGCGCGUUCCCCGGCUCCGACUCCGAGGCUGAAUACCAGGCGUUUAUCCACUUGUACAAUCUCCCUGAUGAGUUUGUGUGGGAGCGCGAGCGUGGAGUGACGCACUCUUUCGGGUGCCAACAUGGCGAGGAUGGGCGUGAAACUCUCUGGAUGCACUUUCUUGUUGAGAUCCCACGAACAAAUUCGUCGACCCCGGAGGACCGACAGCCAGAGUGGCUAAAAUGGGGAUUUUUCCUUACCUGGCUGCCGACUCAAAGGGCAUCCACCUACACAGUCGCGCUGAUCGUCUUUGAGCCGCCCAUCGAGACUUUGGAGCGUCUCCUCAAAUUCGUGCGGUCUCCAAAUUGGACCGAUGUUACCGUCGAUCCCUAUGUGCUGGUCGACAUUGCCUUGGUGUCGUGGUAUCAUCGUGUUGACAAGGUGGCCUGGGAAGUGACCAACCUUAUCCGCAACGACGAGAGGGACAUCUUCGGUUACGCGCAGAAACUCCAGUCGAACGAAUGGGCCCUCGACUUGCAUCAAAUCCACACGAAUGCCAAAAAUGCCAUCUUCAUGCUCGAAGCCUUGGAUGCUGCCAUCCGACAGGUCGACAUGGCCUUGUUGCAGCAUGAGUCGAUCCGCCAGCAGGGGGGGAAACUGUGGGAAAACACGCACCGCCUUUUGCGUCAUCGUCUUGAACUGUUCCAGUCAACGAAGUUACGAACUACCAGUUCACAAGCCAGAAUUAAGAAUACGAUAGAUCUUGCGUUCCACAUCAACACGGCACAUGACAGCCGGGUCAAUCUGGAAAACAGCCAGGUCAAUCUAGGGAUCAGCCAAAGCGCACGCCUCGUAUCCGUUAUCGGUCUGGUGUUCUUGCCCUUCGGCGCCAUCACGUCCAUCUUUGGCACACAGUUCUUUACCCCUGGCAGUCAGCACAUGGACAUCAACCCUGACUUUUGGGUCCUGUGGGUUAUAGCGAUUCCCAUAACACUGAUAAUCUUAGCUGUCUGGCGGGUUACUGAGCGUGACAGAGCGAGGCUCUGGCGGCCGGGCCGGAGCUCUCUGCAUGACGGCCGCUCUCUAACCUUGGUAUCUCCAAGGGACCGCAACCACCGGAGCAGCAAGGGCAGCUCCAUGGUGAACGAAACUGAAUUGCGGGAAAUAUCAUCCCACCAGAUCGUGUGACCGUUAUAGGUUUGCUUCUGUCGGCAGGUCCGUGACUUGGACCAAGUUAGACUGUUGGACAUCUGGUGCUGCAGAUAACAUGAUAUUGAUACCGGCAACGGCUGAUGGAAGCCAAGCAAAGAGCUAGCAAUGAUGGAAAUGGAUUGAGAGACAAUUACGAAUUGAGAAACGG